UUUGGUCAUCACUGUGGAAUUCCUGGUAUGAGGACACAGAGCUUCAGGGUAGAGAGGAUCCUUGCUGAAGUGCUGUGAUCAUGAAGACAGUGAUUUUGAUAGUCCUAAUCAUCUUCACUUUGCUGUCUGCAGGGAAGAAAUUCCGAUGGUGCACCCUCUCUGACCUAGAACAGAGGAAGUGUGCUGAGAUGUCCAAAGCACUUACAGCUGUGCUGCCCCUUGCUACUGUCAAUUCAUUUGCUAGGAUAUCUUGCAUCAGAGCUCACAGCACAUAUGACUGCAUUGAUAAAAUCAGGGUGAAUAAAGCAGAUGCUGCCUCCUUGGAUGCUGGAGAUGUUUACUCUGCUGUAAAGCUGUAUGGUUUGACAGUGGUGGCAAAGGAGAUCUAUGAUGAAGGGAAUUGUGUGUUUGCUGUGGCCGUUGCCAAACGAGGAACCCUGGACAUCCAGAGGCUACGAGGUGUGCGCAGCUGCCACAAUGGAGCCAGAUGGACCUCAGGCUGGAAUAUUCCAUUUGGCUUUCUCCUUGCAAGAAAUGAGCUUUCCUGGGACAAGGCACAACCUCUCAGCCAAGUAAUUAGUGAGUAUUUCAAUGCAAGUUGCAUCCCUGGGAUUGGUGUUGCUGCUCCUCGACUGUGUGCUCUCUGCCAAGGACAAAAAUCCUAUGUCAGAGACAAGAACCACUUCUGUGAGACAAGUGGUAACGAGCCCUUCUAUGACUCUGAGGGAGCCUUCAGGUGCUUGAAGAAUGGAAUGGCAGAUGUUGCCUUUUUAGAUCAUCUAACAAUUAUGAGUGCCACAGAGUCAGAACAACAGGAAUAUGAACUCCUAUGUCCUGAUGGGACUACAGCUGAUCUGGCUGAAUACAGCACCUGUAACUUGGGCAAGGGGCCUGGCCGUGCCAUCAUCACCCGCCACAACUUCCAGAAGAUCACAAACAAGUUUCUUACCAUGAUCCAACGCCUCUUUGGGCAAAAAGGAAGGGAAAGAGCCAGGUUUGAACUCUUCACUUCAGCACCCUUUGGGGGAAAGAACCUGCUAUUCCGGGAUGCUACUCAGCACCUCCAUCUUCUUGAGGAGCAACUAGAGAUUGCCUAUGUCCUUGGUCUGGAUUAUGUAGCUCUCCUUAAGGGACUUGGCCAUGAAGGGAGCUCCUUGGACAACAGUGUCGUGCGUUGGUGCUGCAUCAGCGAUGCUGAGCUCCGCAAGUGUGAGGAGUGGGCACUGAGCAUCAAAUCCGACCCAUUAGUCUGUGUCCAAGCAACUUCCAUGACCAAAUGCAUUGAAAUGAUCAAGAGUAGUGAGGCUGAUGCAGUCACCUUGGACCCAACACAUGUCUACAUUGCAGGGAAGUGUGGAUUGGUGCCUGUAGCUGCAGAAUGUUAUGGGGGAGACUGUGCCCCGGCUGCUGAGAGCAGGGAGGAAGCAGGGAAACUAAUUCAUCUUAAGCACAAAGCACUGCCACCUGUUUAUGCUAUUGCCCUAGCUAAGAAAAACACCAAACAAAUCAACAUCCAUAACCUUAGAGGAAGACGAUCCUGCCACAAUUACCUGUAUAGUCCAGGAGGAUGGUUACUUCCUUCCAGAUACACAGUGGGAGCUCUGGAGAAUGCUACUGAGAAUUGUGACAUUGGCUCUGUUUAUCAGGAUUACUUUUGGAAAGGCUGCAUGCCAGGAGCAGAGGGAAACCUGUGCAAGGUGUGCGUUGGAGACAGUGAGGUGGAAGGGGCUCGAGUAUCUAGCAGAUGUGUUGCAAGUCACAACGAACGUUACUAUGGCAAUAUGGGAGCACUCAGGUGUCUAGUUGGCAAUCCCAGUGGAAGAAGCUUUGGAGAUGUUGCUUUCCUGGAACACACUAACCUACUCCAGAACAUAAAGAGUCUGGAUAGCUCUGGCUGGGCAAAAGGUUAUACCCCUCUUGACUUUGAACUCUUGUGUCCAGACGGAACACGUGCUGCAGUCACAGAAUGGGCAGGCUGUAACCUUGGCCCCGUUCCCCCCAGCACAGUCAUAACUCGACCAGUCACUGUCACUAAAAUCUAUGACUUUCUGAUGAAAUCCCAGGCCUCUCUGGGAAGCAAACGAGAUUCCAAGUUCCAUCUCUUUCAGUCGUGGAAGUAUGGUGAAAGUGAUCUGCUUUUCAAAGACAGUACUCAAUACCUUGUUCAUGCAAGUCACAUGAGCUAUCAAGAAAUUCUUGGAGUACCUUUCUUGCAACUGGCAGAAUCAGUGUUUAACUGUACAUCUGCAGGCAUCUUGGACUUUUGCAAACAGGACAUCUGCACAUCCUCAUCCAACUGACAGCUAAUACAGAGGCUUUGCAGGGCACAUGCAUCACCAUCAAUAUGGAAAACAAGGAAACAUGCAAGUCCAAUGUCUCCAAAUCAAUCUGCAAGGAAACAGUUAUCUCUAGAAAUGUAUGCUGAAUAUUCUUUUUUUUAAAGCAUAUUUUAUGUUUAUGAUAAUGUAAUACUACUCAUAUGUCACCCCUUUCUUGUUUGGACCGUGGCAACAUGUGGAACAGCACAGGCCAGUCUGCACAACCCACAGCACAGAUCAGCAAUUCUGUACAACUACUAUGGAGAAAUCAGCAUUUUUGAGGAAAGAGCAGGGCCAAUACCAUGGACUAAACACAGGCUGUCAGGAGUGGCACAGGUUAGUUGGUAGCUGUUUGCCUUGUUUGUCUUGUAAACUGUUUCCAUGCAGAAGAAAAACCCCCAAACAAGUGACAUUUUGGUAGUUGCAGCCUUUUCCUCCUGUAUCUAUGAUUUUGGUUGCACCUAAAGUCCUUGCUGAAUACACAUAUGUGCUAUAGGUUAAUAUAUGUAAUUGCUAUCACGAUUAGGAGUCUUUUCUGCUUUUUAACUGGUAUUUGCUUUUUAAACCUAGGAUUUAUACUAGUAAAUUGAAACAUUUUUCUCUCACAAAUUAACAUCUCAUGGCCAGAACUGGAUGCUUGCAGCCUUAAGGUGAAAGAAAACAAUGGAUAUUCAUCCUUGUCAAAAACUCCAACCAUUAGCUUUUAGUACUUUGAAUCCAUGAGUCUAUGAAGUGUCAAAAUAUGAUUUAUCAAUUAAAUAUCAUUUGUUUUACAAGCACAAA